UUUCUCAUAAACCACAUAUUGAGAACUAAUAGAUAUGGACAUGGCUUUCACACACGUUUCUGUAUGGACGCUACUCGCCUUCGUGCUGACAUGGACCGUCUUCUACUUCACAAACAGGAAAAACAAGGGGACGAAGUUAGCCGAGACGGUGGUGGAAGAGCGUAAGGACGGUGCUACUGAUGUUAUCAUCGUUGGGGCUGGAGUUGGCGGCUCGGCUCUUGCAUAUGCUCUUGCAAAGGACGGGCGUCGAGUACAUGUAAUAGAGAGGGACAUGAGAGAACCAGAGAGAAUGAUGGGUGAAUAUAUGCAACCAGGAGGACGACUCAUGCUUUCUAAACUUGGCCUUGAAGAUUGUUUGGAGGGAAUAGAUGCACAGAUUGCUACGGGCAUGACACUUUAUAAGGAUGGAAAAGAAACGAACGCAUCUUAUCCGGUGGAAAACAACAACUUUCUUUAUGAACCUUCUGCUCGAUCUUUCUACAAUGGCCGAUUCGUCCAACGACUGCGCCAAAAGGCUUCUUCUCUUCCCAAUGUGCGGCUCGAAGAAGGAACGGUGAAGUCUUUGAUAGAAGACAAAGGAGUUAUCAAAGGAGUGACAUACAAAAAUAGCGCAGGCGAAGAAACAACAGCCCUUGCACCUCUGACUGUGGUAUGCGACGGCUGCUACUCAAAUCUUCGUCGGUCACUUAACGACAACAAUGCGGAGGUUCGCUCAUACCAAGUUGGUUACAUUAUAAAGAACUGUCAGCUUGAAGAGCCCGACAAAGUAAACUUGAUAAUGUCUAAACCCUCCUUCACCAUGUUGUAUCAUGUCGGCAGCACCGACGUUCGUUGUGUUUUUGAGCUUUUCCCCGACAAUGUUCCUUCUAUUUCAAAGGGGGACAUGGCUACCUUCGUGAGGAACACUAUUGCUCCUCAGGUACCUUCAAAACUCCGCAAAAUACUUUUGAAAGGGAUCGAUGAAGGAGCAAACAUAAAAGCUGUGCCAACAAAGAGCAUGUCAGCUACUUUGAGCGAGAAGAAAGGAGUGUUUGUAUUGGGAGAUGCAUUCAACAUGCGUCAUCCAGCAAUCGCAUCUGGAAUGAUGGUUGUACUGUCCGACGUUCUCAUUCUACGCGGUCUUCUCCAGCCAUUAAGAAACCUCGGCGAUGCAAACAAAGUCUCAGAAGUUAUCAAGUCCUUUUAUGAUAUCCGCAAGCCAAUGUCAGCGACGGUUAACACACUAGGAAAUGCAUUUUCUCAAGUGCUAACGGCAUCGACGGACGAAGCAAAAGAGGCAAUGAGACAAGGUUGCUAUGAUUACCUCUCUAGUGGCGGGUUUCGCACUUCAGGCAUGUUGGCUCUGCUCGGCGGCAUGAAUCCUCGUCCCAUAUCUCUCAUCUAUCAUCUUUGUGCUAUCACUUUAUUCUCCAUUGGUCAUCUUCUCUCUCCAUUUCCCUCUCCCACUGGCAUUUGGCAUAGUCUCCGACUCUUUGGUCUGUCCAUGCAAAUGUUGGUUCCCCACCUCAAAGCUGAAGGAGUUACCCAAAUGCUGUUUCCGGUUAACGCAGCUUCGUAUCGCAAAAGCUAUAUGGCCGCAACCGCUCUCUAGAGUACAGAUCCUUUAAACCGGAAAAUAAAAACACGUAUAAAGCACAGUAUUUGUGACUGCAUUUAUGUCUUUCAAUAAAUAAAACGAGUUUUUCGUACUAUUGAAUGUUAACUUGUACGUGCAAUUAGUGACUUCAAAAUAUUUAAUCUAUUUAAUAUAUGUUGUAUAUCA